AUGUCAAAACAUUCGUUACGCCAGAGCAAACACCAGAUUAGAAAGAACAAUCGGUCGCCUUCACCUUCGAAAAGACAAGUGUUCUGCUGUUUUUUUUUCUCCAGAAAUUAAAGCGAUUUAUUGUGUGUUGUGAUAAAUAUUCAUCCAUUAGUAGCUGUCAUCCAGCAGUCGUGAGGCUGGGAACCAAGAAGCGUGCCAAUGCUCGUGCUCGGUAGUGACGUAAAGACAGCGAGAAGCGAUCUUUGUCCCUUGUGUUGACUUUCGUUCGAGGCGCAUUCAUCACCCGUACACAUGUAGUUCAAUCCGGUCGUCUCUAAUCUGGUCCAUUCUUUCAUCUUAUCAUUGCUUUCUCUGAGCGUCACCAGCGACAGCAAAAAUAAAAGCAGUAACGAACAUUAUCACCUGCACAUUGCAAAAACUUUUAAAAAGCAAAACGUACACAAACGACAAAGAGAAGAGGACAGAAAACUGUGCAAACGGGAUUUGCAUUUUAUUCAAAUCAGUUUCAGGGUGAUCAUUCCAGCUGAGAGCAGAAUGAAAGAUUACCUGUUGCUGUAUCAACCAGCUGGACUGUAUCAGAAAGUUUUGCUGCUCGCAGUAUUAUCAGCGGCGCUCUGUUGUGCCACAAGCGGCGGCGCUGAUGCCAGAGACUGGUGGCAGGAUACGGUUUUCUAUCAAAUAUACCCUCGGUCCUUUAAGGACAGCGACGGCGAUGGGAUUGGUGAUCUGCGGGGUAUCACCUCUAGUUUGGGACAUCUGGCAGACGCUGGCGUGGGGGCAACAUGGCUAUCGCCCAUCUUCCAAUCUCCGAUGGUAGAUUUCGGCUACGACAUUUCCGAUUACUUCCAAAUUCAGCCCGAGUACGGGACGAUGGAAGAUUUCGACGCGAUGAUGACGGAAGCGAAUCGAUUGGGAAUUAAGAUUAUACUGGAUUUCGUCCCCAAUCACAGCAGUGACCGGUGCGAGUGGUUUCAGAGGUCGGUUGCGCGGAAGCCGGGUUACGAAGAUUUUUAUGUGUGGCACGAUGGAAAGGAAAAUCCGGGUGGGGGAGAUCCUCUCCCACCCAAUAAUUGGCAAUCGGUGUUUUAUGGAUCGGCAUGGACGUUUCAUCCGGAACGGGGUCAGUAUUAUCUGCAUCAGUUUACCCGAGAACAACCGGAUUUCAACUUUCGCAAUCCGGCGGUGGUUAAGAAGAUGAAAGACGUGAUGUUGUUCUGGCUGGAGAAGGGUGUUGCUGGAUUUCGGAUUGAUGCGGUGAAUCAUUUGUUUGAGGUAGAGGAUUUCAGAGAUGAACCUGAAACUGGAACGGAUCGGGACCCGCUUUCAUAUGGAUUUACACAUCAUUACUAUACAAAGGAUUUGCCUGGAUCCUACGAUCUGAUCUACCAGUGGCGUGAUGUUUUGGAUGAUUGGAAGAAACAAAAUGGAGGACCAACUCGAAUAAUGAUGACUGAGGCUUACGCCAACAUUAGUUUCACCAUGAAGUACUAUCGUUCGGCUGAUGGUACUUGCAAUGGAGCUCACAUUCCGUUUAACUUUUUGCUGGUUACCGAUCUGGAUCGCACAUCAACGGCUCAGGAUUUUGUCUUCGCCAUUAACAAGUGGUUGAUUUAUAUGCCGCGUGAUAGGGAUGCCAACUGGGUUGUCGGGAAUCACGAUCAACCGAGAGUGGCUUCGCGAUACGGGGUGGAGCGGAUCGAUGUUAUCAAUACGUUACUGAUGACGCUGCCUGGGAUUGCCAUUACGUACAACGGGGAAGAAAUCGGGAUGGAGGACUAUAUGAAUAUCUCGUGGGAAGAUACCAAGGAUACCGCUGCUAAAAAUACAAACAGACAGGUUUACAUGCAGUAUACACGAGAUCCGGAACGGACGCCGUUCCAGUGGGAUGGUACUAAAAAUGCUGGCUUUUCAACGGCCAACAAAACUUGGUUGCCUGUGAACCCUAACUACGUUCGGUUGAAUUUGGAACGGCAGCGAAAAUCCAGGACCAGUCACUAUCAGAUGUAUCGGGAGCUUGUCGAAAUCAGGAAGCAUGAUACGUUCCGGAGAGGAUCGAUACAACUGAUUCCGUAUAACGAUGAGGUGAUCACUCACAUCAGAGAACUUCCAUCGGAAGAUACGUUCGUAGUAGUCCUGAAUCUUAGCCCACAUGAGCAUAUGAUUGAUCUUUUGAUUUUCCCUCGAUUGUCGGAGGAAUUGAGAGUAGCUCUGGUGUCACCGACCUCCACACUCAGAGUAGGUGAUAAGGUUCGGCGCGCUAGGUUAACAAUCGGGGCGUACGAUUCAUUGAUUCUACGAGACAACGUUGGCUCCCGUCAGCGGCGCGCUUCCCCACGCCUUCCGGCUUCAUUUCAGGGCACAAUAAAGGAGAUGGCUGUAAUUGCGGCGGUAAUGAUUGCGCUCGGCACUGGAAGUUACAUUCUCUACCGCCGUGGCGAUGUUUUUGACCGACAGCCCAUUAGCUGGAGCGGAUGGGUGUGGGAUAAGUGUCCUUUUUUCUCCCCGUGAAACGCGCCGCUCGCGCUCAAGUGUUUGUGCACAUUGUGUACAACGAGUCCCAAACGGCGGCGGGGAACAAUUACAAGGAUGUUGAUGAAGUACCGGAUGGGCACCCGCACCCUGUAGUAAUUUCCAACUCCAUAAGCGGCGUGGCACAACUGGAGGUAAUCAACGUGGUAGCAGUGUUGCCAGACGGUUAUCUGUAGGUAUUAUGAAGAACACUAUUGUAAAAUAUGAGAAAUACAG